CGCCUUGUUUCAAGGAAGUAGCCUACAGACAAGAAAAGGAGAGGGGCAAUGAUGUGACGGAAUCUCUAUGCAGCUGGAAUGGUAAUAUUUGAUUCACAAUGAGCCAUUCAAUGGAGUCUGCAACUCAGAUCAAAAAGUGGACAAAGGAAGAAGUUCAUCAGUGGUUGACGACGCAGGUUAACAUUCACCACAUAUAUGCAGACAAGUUGCUAGAAGAGGAGGUAUCAGGAGAAGACCUAGAAUACUUCCAAAAGACGGAUCUUCUGGAUCUGAACAUAAAACAUGGUCCGGCUGUUAGAAUUGUGUCUAUGCUUGAGGAUUUGAAGAGUGGAUUACAACAUAAAUCACAAUUUCCUGCAUACAUCAAGAAAUGGACACAAGAACAAGUUUGUCAGUGGUUAAAGGAAAAGGCGAAGGUAUACCACCAAUAUGUAGAGCGGAUUGUGGAAGAGGAAGUGUCAGGCGAUUGCCUGUUUUGCUUCAAAAAGAAUGAUCUUGUGGAACUAGGCAUUAAACAUGGUCCUGCUGUUAAAAUAAUUGGCAUGCUAGAAAAGUUAAACAAUGGACCAGAGCCUAUAUUACAACCCCCCCCCCACCCCCCCCCCACGGUGACCGAGAAAAUCUACAGAAACCACCUGAGAAUCAAGAAGAACUAUGUCAAACUCUACCGGUUCAGACUGUAUCCCCCAUGAAGACAGAACCAAACACGGAAGAACCCAGAAUAGUGGAACCACCAGGGAAAACUGUUACAAGAAAGAAAGAAGAACCAAAACCACAGGCCAUGGGUGCAGAAAUGUUACCGUCCAAGAUGCCAAGUUCACUUACCUUGCUCCAGAAUACCCUCGACGACUUACAGCAGGACGAGUUUAAACGGUUUAAGUCUUGUCUGAAAGACUUCAAACUGAACGGAUGUAGAUCGAUUGCACGGUGUCACUUGGAAGACAACAAGAGCCGCACAGACGUAGCGGACUCAAUGACAAAGCACUAUGAGGAAGAGACAUUAAAUGUCACACGUCAGAUUCUAGAGAGAAUCGGACACAAUGAACUUGCUGGCCAACUGAAAAGUGAUAUGGGUCUACAAAUGAUGACAGCACAAGACGGCAAAAACUAUUUGAGGAGAGAGACCAAUCAGGGUAAUAAAUUGAAGAACUUGUUAACUUAUGGAGGAAAUAUGAUGGACUACUAUGAUCGAUUCGUUAUUGUUAUGAACAAGAGUCGCACUGAGCAACUAGAAUAUCUUCCGUUUCUGAGCAAGUUGAAAUUGUUCUGUGUACUGGACUUUGAUCCUGACUCUGCAGCUCCUGGUGGCGUAUGCAGUUCAUACAGAGAAUCAAGAGUGGCAAAUCUCCAUCUCCCAGCCCAAUUCCAACCCGACCCAAGUGUUGUGAUAAAAAAUCUCAACCUGUAUAAGCAGACCAGCUGGGUGUUUUGUAAUGGGAGGCAUGACCUUGACAGGGAAUCAGAUAGACAGCUGGACUACAAAGACUGGUUCAAGGAGAAACGCAAAGAGAUCGAGCAUAUGGUUUCAUUCAUUUGCAAACCUGAAGUUCUUCCAAAUGGAAGAACUCUUGUCAUAUUUCUUCUACUGUCACCUGUAACUGAUAGAGAUCCUGUCUUUGAUACUUUCCUGGCAUUCUACUCACAUGUUGAGGAAAGCAUUGUGAGUAUUUGUGAAUCUAGGAGCACAUUUGAGAAAUGGAAAGACUUGAUACAGGAGAAAUGUGAGUCCGACAUCACCAGGCAAUCAAUAUAUGAGUUGACACUCAGUGAAGUCAAUGGUACUAUAAUGUCACUUGGACCACAUAAUCAGCCAUCAGGAAGACUCCUUCCAUCUUCUGACUCCAGCACUGUUGUUCUCCAACAAAAGGAUGAAGACCGAUUGACAGCUCUAGACAUUUUGUGUCAGAAUGAAUGUGAGAAAGUCUAUGAAGAAAAUAGCAAAGAGUUUCAAGACUUCAAAAUCAAAGUAGAAAAGGAAUUCUACAGAGGGGGUAAAGUCAACUGGUGGAACUUCUAUUUUUGUGAGAAACCCAAAGCAAAACCUUUCAUUAGAAGAGACAAAUAUGACAAUCUCAUGAAAAUGGUGAAAUAUCAGACAAAAGAUCCCAAAACCACAUGUGUUUUGCUGAAUUUGUUUCACCACCCAGGUUGCGGAGGCACCACCUUAGCCAUGCAUGUUAUGUGGGAUUUACGUAGAGAAUUCAGAUGUGCUGUGUUGAAGGACAAUACAUUACCAAAAGCUGAAGUGGCUGUUCAAGUCAAAAAGCUGAUGAGGCUGGGGAAAAGUGACAAAUCUCAGAAUACACCAGUUCUGUUGUUAGUAGAUGAUUCAAAGGAAGCCGAAAACACACAAACUCUGCAGAACUGCAUACGCAAAACUGUUGAAGAGGACUACACAGGCAGAACUGUGGAAGAUUCAUCAAAUUCACAAGUCAUCAUCCUGAGUUGUGUUCGAUCCCAUAACCCCAAGGUCCAGUACAAACGCUGUGCAACAGAAAGUCAGUACAUCACAGCUAUACUAACGAAAAAGGAACAAGAUGAUUUUGAGGAAAAACUUCAAGAACUUAAAGAAAGUCAUGAAAAACCGGAAAACUUCUACAGCUUCAUGAUCAUGAAGAGCAACUUUGACAAGAAGUACAUCGCUGAUGUUGUCAGCCACACUCUGAAGGACUUAGACAUGAGCACAAAAAAAGCUCAACUACUUUUCUACUUUGCACUGUUGAACUCAUACGUGGCUGAAUCAGACAUAUCUGUGUCUCUCUGUGAGGACUUUUUUGGAAUGAAAAUGGCUUACUGGGGAGAAGAUAAUGUACUUGAACGAAUGGAACCUUAUUCAAAUUUGCUGAAAAUAGUUCAAGUCGAUGAACGUGGAGGAUACAAAGCAAUUAGCAUCCUUCAUCGUGAUAUAGCUUCUGCAUGUUUGGAAGAAUUGCACAAAAGCCACGGGAUUAACGAGAGUGAAAUAACCAUCAACAUGCUACACUGUGAUUUGUUUUUCAAAAUUGGUGUAGUAAAAGACGCCCUGAUGCUAUCGAUAGAACGCAUGCUGAUUAAAAGGCAGCGCAGGAAAGAUGGAGAUGAAAAAGAUACUCAGUUCUCUCCCUUGAUAGAGAAAAUUCACCUUCAAGAGGGGAGACACAAAAUCCAAGACAUCUUUGAGAAAGCAUCAUCCCGUUUUUUUACAAGUGCAUCCAUUCCUCAAGCCCUUGCAAGGUAUCUCUACCUCAAUCAGCGUGAUUUUCCGCAGGCAUUGAAUUGGGCAGAAAAUGCCAAGAGAAUCACCGAAAACCCAUACACUGUCGAUACGAUUGGACAAGUUUACAAAAGUUAUCUUAAACAUAACAUCCAGAAUGAAAAGAAAAAAACACCACGCAAUCCAGGGGAUUUGGAUACAAACCUAAAGCUAGCAAAAAAUGCUAUAAAGGCUUUUCAAAGAGCUCAAGAACUGGCCAUGAAUGAGGAUCAACCUGAUGAGGAAGCUGAUGACAAUCUGUCAAAAUCAUCAUACAACAUCUUUGGGUAUGUGGGGGAAAUUGAGACGGCACUGACAGUCUUUGAAAUUCUAAGCAAGCUGCCAUUCUUUGAAGAAGCUGACCCAGUGACACAGAAGUACAUGCAGAGCUUUCUGAAUGGAAAAAUGUCCAUCAACAGCAUACCCAAGAACGAUAAUGAAAUCAACAGAAAAUAUGUUGAUAUUAUCCAAGAACACAAGUCUUUUCUCCUUAAUUUGAAAACCCAAGUCAAAAAAGUUUUUGAAUUCUUAAACGAUUACUACACUUACAUGAAAGGUAACGAUGCAGGAGACUUUGAGACAAGGAAUCGGACAAAAAUAUCAGAACACUUCAAGACAUAUAUAACACUUGUUUGCUCUUCACCAGAGGAAAUAUCGAGAGAACAAACAAGCAAGCCGAAACUUAGACUAAACAUGGACAUCGAAAAGUGUAGGAAGUUACUUGAAGAGAAGAACGCAGACACAUUUGCAGGGGUACUUCACCAUCUUGACAAGACUGCAGAGGAAAUGGAGGAAAUCAUUGAGUGCUACAAAUUUUUACGGCAACAUUGUAAGCAAAUUACAAAAGAAAAAAACAAAGACGACAACAAUUUCAUUUUGGCAAAUAUAAUUCUCAGCAUACUAAAGCCAAAUUCGAAACAUGUGAAGAGUCACAAGGAACUCACUGAUCUUCUCAUGCUAACAUUGCAAGACAUAGGAGUGCAACAUCCCUUCCCAGAGCCAUACUAUCUGGCUUUGUUGUUGCUUUGGCCAAGUUCAAAUGCAGAAGAUACAGAUAUAAGAACAUAUGUGAACUCACUUCGGAACUCAUUCAGACGGAAACUGUCAAAGUUUAUGAGGAUGAGGAACACCAUUGCCCACUUCUACUUGGGCCAGAGAAAAGGAUUAGAAAGACUUGUUCCUAAAGCCAAACUUGAUGAGUGUUUUGCACACGUGGCACGCACUAAUUUGGCCCAACUUUGGCGGAGUGGAGAUAUUUUUAAGGAUAAGAAAAUAAUUGACCGUCUCUGUAGGGUCAAUGGAACCAUAGAGGAAGGAGAACUUUAUGCUAAUUAUGGCAAACUUAAAAUCCCAGUACGCCCGGCAUAUCUUGGUGGAAUAAGCAGUGGUUUCAGCACUGAAAAGGUGUCGUUCUUCAUAGGAUUUGCCAUAGAUGGACCACUUGCAUACGAUAUCAAGUAUGAAUAGGCUAUGAGAAGCCCAUGUUAUAAAGGCCUCAAUGAUGAACUGCAUGCUUUGGUCCAAGAGUGUGGACAAUGGGGGAAGUAUGGAUUAACCACAACCUGACAAUCGAAAGCAAGACAACAAUCUACAAAACACAUGCUCUUAAUGGAGGCAUGGAUAAUCAAUGCUAUGAAAGGAAACAAACAUCUUCAACCUGGUUACCUUUUGACUUGACGUUAAAACAACAUUUUAGGAGACAAAACACCCUUACUUGUUGUAGUGAGGUCUGAUCUAUCUGGAAUGUAUUAGUUAUGCACAGCAUCAUUAACUGUAUGUUACUAACUAACAGUAAAUGCUAACAUGACAAACCUAGCAAUGAGUACUAGCAGAGAGCUCUGUGGACUGCAUGUUAAGGUACCAAUCUAAUGACUUAUUAAAAAUAACUAAACUGGAUCACUGCCUGCCUGGUCUCCAUCAUGACAUGGUGUCAGUUUUAAAACAUUCCCAAAACGGAAGAUUGGUGAGGAAAAAUGUCCCACCCAAAUUCAACCCAGCGGAGCCGUUCGAUUGGCUGAUGGCCAUGGCUGAUCUGGAGACAAUGUUUUGGCAUCAAAACUGGACAAGGAGAGCAGUGUGGUGCGGGUAAAUUCAGUACUUUAUGCAAUUGGAAAAAAUGCGGUGAUAAUCAACAAUGACCUUCACCUUUGACUACAAUCAAUGAUGAGUUCGACUUUGAUGUGGUGACUGAAAAGCUGAAUGGACAUUUUGUGCCACGGCACAAUGUGAUUCACGAUUGAACCAUAAACAGAUUCAGAAAGGGGGAGAGACAGUUUAAUAAUUUUUGAGGAAUCUAGCUGAACACUGAGCACUACAAAGGAUGAACAAAUACGGGAUAGGAUUGUAAUUAUUAUUACAACUAGAGCAUAUCAACAAUAAUUGGGAUAACCACACUAGCUUUGCCCUCAUGUGAGUCCUAGCAAGCAUACUAGGUAGUGCUAUGUAUCAACAGCUAAUCCAGUAGGAGCUGGAAGCUAUAGUGAGCUUCGAUUGGUCAAACAUGACAUGAUAUCGCAGAGAAUUUGCAUAAAGUUCAAGUUUCCCCAACUUAGGUCCUGCCCUGUUCAUGCUCCCUCGCCCAUGCUCGCAUUGCCCCCCCACUCACUUCGCUUCUCUUCAUUCUUUUCAGGGUCAGUUACAAAGCAGUCUAAUUCUGAUGUUGAGUGGCAGGUUGAGCUCCCAGUGAAUAGCACACAUUUAAGAUUGACACUGGUGCAGAUAUCACAGUGAUGUCUCAGAGCACUUAGCAGAGCUUGCGACAGUGUCCCCAUCUGGUCAACACUGCAAAUAUUGUUCAUGUCCCAAGUGGCAGGAUUGAUUGCAUGGGUACAUUCCUAGCCACAUGUGAGUGAAAAAGGAGAAAAGUACAAAUUCUGGACCACAUGCAAAUGUCCUAGUUAGUAGAACUGUUGCAUGCAAGAUGGGUUUGGUCAAAGCAGACAAGAUCAGUAUCGAUGUGUUUGGAGAGAGGGCUACUGAACUGUGAACCAGUCAAGACUGAGCUUAAGCCCGACACAGGCCCCUACUCUGGCUACGCCACACAGAAUCCCUUUUACACUCCUCCAUAAAGCAGAAAAAUAACUGAUCAGAAUGGAAACAAAUGACAUCGUUGAGGAAGUCAUCGAGCGUAAUGACUGGUGUGCUCCCAUGGUGCUGAUGAUGAAGAAAAAUGGCAAAGUGCGAACGUGGAUCGUGGACUUAAAACAUCUCAAAUGAAGCAGGUUCAUCUUGCCCACCUUGGAGGAUAUAGCGUCACAGCUUUCCAGGGCGAGAGUAAUUUACACACUCAACUCGUCUAGCGCUUUUUGGCAGAUACCACUUGACCCCAGCAACAGAACCGACGACUUGUAGGAAGGUAACUUACUCCUGUAGGAAGAUUCUGCUUCAAGCACCUUCCUUUGGGAAUCAAAAGCGCGCCAGAGAUCUUCCAGAGGGAGAUGAGCAAGCUCCUGAAAGGACACGAGUGUACAGUCAUCCUGAUUGAUGACAUACUGGUCUACAGUGCAAACAAGAAAGAACAUGACAGGAAUCUGAGCAAAGUGCUACAGACCUUUUAAAGAGUCGGAAAUAAAGCAGAAGAAAAACAACUGCCAUGUUGGAAAGUCCGAGAUCCAGUACUUUGGUCAUGUGAUUGGAGCCGAUGGGAUAAACCCAGAUAACAGCAAAGUGAAAGACGUCACUGAGGUGUCCAGUCCAACAAAUACUGGGACUGCUGAACUACUUGAGCCAGUUCUUGCCCAGCCUGUCAUCGUUGCUCCACCAUAUCAGUGAUGUAGGGAGACGCCCAGGAGCAGGCCUUCCGUAAGGUCAACGCUAUGUUAGUUUCAACACAAGCAUUAGCAUACAACAAUGGCAGAAAACCAACCGUGGUCAGUGCGGACAUGAGCAGCUACGGUCUUGGAGCUACACUCCUACAGGAACAAGAAGGUGGUCCAUUUUGUUCACGCACACUGUCAAAGAAUGGCAGGAUCAUGGGUAUGUGAACAAUUUCCCUCUACCUGCACGGCAUGGACAGCUUUAUUCUACAGAAGGACCAUAAGCCACUCGUUCCAAUGAUCGACACGUACAACCUGGACAAAGCACCACUCUGGUGUCAGCGACUGCUCAUGCACUUCAACAUGAAAGCUGUGGAUGUUCCUGGAAAACAGUAAGUGGUGGCUGACACACUGUAGAGAAACCCGCUGAAAGAAAACACAUCAGGCUCAGAAAAAGAAGUCCAAGCAUAUGGUGGAAAGCAGACCAGUGUCUAUAGUCUACACACAGGCUGGAUGACAUCAGAGAGGUGACAUGCAACGACGAGACCUCCAAAUAGUUAUCAGCCACAUCCGAAAAGGCUGGCCUGAGAGAAUGGCGCAGCUACCGUACUUACUACAGGGAUACCACACAGCGAGAGCACAUCUAUCGGAGCUGGAUAGACUAGUGCUGUAUCAAGACAGGAUCGUCAUUCCAGCUUCACAGGAAGAAGAUGUUCUACAACAAAUACACAAAGGUCACAUGGGGCUGACAACGUGCCAGAGAAAGACCCAAGAUGUCAAUGUGGUUGCCGGGCAUCAGCGCCUACAAAGCAAAAAAAGUGACAUCAUGCAAGUUCUGUACAGAGAAUAAACCAACUCAAAAGAGAGAACCACUUGUCACGACACCUUUAUCUAAAGGAUCUGUGGCAGAAGAUCGCAGUUGACCUGUGUGAGCAAUAGAGGGCAAGAAAUACCUUGUAGUGGUGGACUACUUCUCCAGAGACAUACAUCAUCUACCAACUACCACAAGCCUCAAAAGCAUGGUUGUGAGAUGGGGGAUUCCUACCAAGCUCGUUAGCGACAACGCUACCCAGUUUGUCUGUACUCAGUUAGACAAGUUCAGAAAGAAGUAUGGUUUCAUCCAUAUACCACCUCCAGCCUCUAUUACCUGCAGGCAAACGACGCUGCAGAAAAAGCUGUUCAAACAGCUAAACGAAUUCUCAAACAACCAGACCCACACAUUGCUUUGAUGUGCUACCGAGCCACACCUAUCAGUGCAACAGGAGAAAACCAGAGCAACUCAUGACAGGACGUCAGAUCUGAAUGACCGUCCCCUCGCUGAAAAACUAUAGCCAAAGCACAUCAGCCACGAAAGUGUGAAAAACAUAGAGACCAGAAAGUCAAACAAGCUUCUACAGCAGGAGGCAUUCAGUGCGCCCCAUUUCUGAACUAUACCCUUGACAGAGUGUAAGGGAACUAAUCUUUUGGGCGGCAGGUAGCCUAGUGGUUAGAGAGUUGGGCCAGUAACCGAAAGGUUGCUAGAUUGAAUCCCCGAGCUGACAAGGUAAAAACAUCUGCCCUUCUGCCCCUGAACAAGGCAGUUAAACCACUGUUCCUAGGCUGUCAUUGUAAAUAACAAUUUGUUCUUAACUGACUUGCCUAGUUAAAUAAAGGUUAAUUUAAAAAAGUAAGAGUCAAGCUGGACGGAGAGAAGGGAUGGAAAAUGCCAGCAGUGGUCAUUAGCAAAUCUCCAGAGCCGAGAUCCUAUGUUGUUGAAACCGAACACGGCACCGUCGCUCAUAGAAACAGGCGACACCUUCAGACUGUACCAGAGUCACCUACUCCAGGCAGACAGCACCAGAACAACAAAGGAGUCACCCAGUCUACCAGUGAGGACAUCACACAGGCCCUGCUUGUAAGCCAGCCAUCUCCUACACCCUCACUCAGACCACCAACAAGCCAGCCUCACCACAACCGGUGAGAAUGAGCUCCAAAGGUUGAGAGGUAAAACUACCCCUGAGGUUUAGAGACACUUGAGAAAACAACAUUGAGACAAAAUACUAUUUUAGUUCUGAAAAGAGCAAGAAAAUACUUUGAUUAAACAACUUAAAAGAAAAGAGACAGCAGCUGUUGCAGGGCAGAAUCAUCCCUAUGUUGCUGCGGACAAACGGCUGUCUACCGCAAUGUCCUAGUAGACACAGUUAUGACAAUUGUUAAUGUGAAGAGCAAAACAGGGGGGGGGGGGGUACAUGCUACUCUGAAAUACUAAUUGUUUGUACUGAAAGUCCACAAUUGUGAUUAUUUGUACUAGCACUAUUAACUUUUGAUUUCUUUCAGAAACCGUAGUGAUGCCUGAUCUAUCUGGGAUAUAUUAGUUAGGCACAGCAUCAUUAACUGGGUGUUACUAACUAGCAGUGUAUGCUAAUAUGACAAACCUAGCCAUGAGUACUAGCAGAUAGUAGCUCUGUGGACUGCAUUUUAAGUUUCCUGCCUUAUGAGUUAUUACACCUAACUAAACUGGAUUGCUGCCUGCAUGGUCUCCAUUAGGAUACUUGUAGUAUAGGCUACUUUUUUUAUGUUAAACAGCCACCAGAUUACCAUGAAGGAAGAUGUUUUACUCUUCCAAUCCUCUGGGUUAUAUUUGGUAGACACUGUGAUUUAGUAAUACUGUUCAAUACUCCUCUCUUACUCAUUGAGACAGGAAUGAGAAUGAUGUGUUUUACUCAAUGUGCAUAGGUGCCAGCACUAAACAACAAGUUUUCUUACUGGGGAGAGUGACGACUAAUGAGGUUACUGCCAGUGUUCGACCUCAGAACUGUAUAUACUUUGAGUCUCUAGUGUUUGGAGAAACAUCCAGUGAGAUUGGAAAUGCUGAUGCAAUGAGAAGAUUAAAUGCUGAUGCAAUGAGAAGAUUAAAUGCUGAUGCAAUGAGGAGAUUAAAUAAUAUAUAUAUAUAUAGUCCUUUCAAUCUGGAUAUUCAAGAAUGUAAAAUAUCUGUGAAGUUAAAAUUCUGCCAUCCUGGGAGAAACCAGGGAAGUAACUGCUGGAAUGACAAAAGACUGUCAAGACAAGACAUUCUAAGUGUGCCUGGAUAAUGUCCAGAAAUGCAGGAAAAUACAUGUGAUGUCUAAUAAGUAGAUUUGAGAAUGGAGAAUAAUGAAGCAUUGUGUGUGUGUGUAUUGUGAUUUUUGGCAUAUUAAGCCGAAGAAAUUAACAUGAAACGUUUUGUAUCAAGGUGACACUUAUCUUCAUGUUGCAGCAGGACUGUGAAUACAAAAUCUAUUGUAAAUAUCUCAAUUUCACAGAUAUUGUACAUGUUGUAAAAUGGUGGUAAUCAAUGUAAAUAACUGUAGGACCAAUUCUACAAUUAUGUAAUGAGCAUAUUGUAUUAUGAGAGAAACUCAUACGAACAACAAGUACAGUUGUACAGGUAGAGAGAUAUUCUGCAGAUACGAAGGCCUGAAAAUGUAAAUAUAUUAUACCGUAUGUGUUAUUCUUUAAUAUUGUUGAGUUACUUUCUUGUUUAUUUUGAUGGAUUAUAAUAAUUUCAAUCUGAGUAAGUUAUCCAAUACAUUCUCUAUCUAAAUGAAAUAGCCCUGCUGAUAUUUCACAUGCAAUAAAACCCAUAAAAGUCAAA